CUGGAGAAGUGCUGUGCUUUUGCCAUCACCCUCUGCUCUCCAGCAAUCUGGAUUCGCGGUGCCAAGGUACUGGUUCUUGGCUGCACGGGACCUAUCAAAAUAGAACUCGUCUGAUUCGUGCUUUUCAACGAGAAUCCGACUGCCAAGAUGGCUAUCAAUUGGCAAGGUUAAGCUUUUUUCAUCCUGUUGGGAAAUUCUACGAAACGUGGGUAAAUAAUCAGGCUGCGCUUUUCUUAUAUCUCGCAGGAAACUUGAGCUCUCACAUGUGGUCACUGCUCUUCGGUGUUGCUUGGUUUUUUCGAAUCUCCAACAUGAAGUUCAUCCAACCAACCCUCGCUUCCCUGUUUGGUGCGGCGAUUGUGGUAGCCGCCGAGGAUGUUCUUGUCAGUCGCCAGAAUUUGCACAAGCGAUUCAUUGAUAGUGAAGGAAACUAUAAUAUUUGUAAGCCUGUUCGUGGAAGUCGAGGAUAUACCGUCUGACAGUCUUGGAAGCCUUUUACCAUAUAAAUGAUGUCCAUGCUCACCUCGAUGAAUUCCGUUCCUCUGGACUUGACUGCCCAAACAAGACGGUGGGUUGUUUUGGUGGCUAUGCCCGAGUCUCACAGGUCUUGAAAGACACUAGACCGGGCCAUAGUGACAGCCUCUUCUUGAACGUCGGAGACGAAUUCCAGGUUGAUACCAACAAUAUCCCAAGUAAAAAAUCACAGCUAAAACAAAUUUUAGGGGACCCUCUUCUACAGCUACUACGGAGGGGAAAAGAUAGCCGAGACCAUCAACCAACUAGGCUUCGACGGCAUGACUCUUGGAAACCACGAAUUUGAUGGAGGUCCGUCGUUUUUAACAAAGUCGCACAGCAAAUUCAGUGUCUAACAGUAUUCCAUGUGUAGGCGACGACAAACUUGGUGAAUUCCUUCAAAACCUCACUUUCCCAAUUAUCUCCGCCAACAUAGUAUCCGACCAUCCAAUUUUAAAUUGCACCAUCAAGCCCUUUCACAUUUACGAAGAAUACGGAUUGGCGGUCAUAGGGGUGACAACUGAAUCUGUACCGUCAAUAUCCAAUCCAGGAGAGGGAACGAUAUUUACAGAUGUAGUGACCGCUGUACAAGAUACCAUAAACCUAAUUAAGUCCACGACGAAUAUUACUAGAAUCGCAGCUAUCACUCAUAUUGGAUAUGAAGAAGAUCAGAGGUUAGCCAGGUCUGUGAGCGGAUUGCAAUUGAUUAUGGGAGGCCAUAGUCAUACCCCUCUGGGUGAUUUUGAAGGCGCUGAGGGGAAAUAUCCUACUAUUGUGGAGAAUCUGGAUGGGGAUGAGGUUUUCAUUGUUACUGCGUGAGUUUACAUUUCCUAAUCCCACCCAGUCCAAGACUAACAUGUUUCAUAGAUACCGUUCGUUUAUCGCCUUGGGAAAAUCACAAUUACAAAAUUGAGACUAAUAAGAUACACAGGAUGGGGCGAAUACCUAGGAUACAUUGAUGUGACCUACUCACCCAGCGGCAAAAUCCUUGCUUAUAAUGGUGCACCAAUCCACCUCACUAACACCACAGCUCAAGAUCCCGAGCUACAAGCUCAAAUACUCGAGUGGAGAAAACCUUUUGAGGCAUUUGCAGGCCAGGAAGUAGGCUCCUCAGACGUGGAGCUCGACCAAACGAGAUGUGCACUACAAGAAUGUAAGCUCCCAUCAUAUUACUUCCACUCCAAGUCAAAGGUCUACACAAAGAUAUCAAAUCGUGUCGUUUUCCUUGUUAACAACCACCAGGUCUCCUAGGAAACUUUAUGACCGAUGCCAUGCUCGCCUACCGCCAAAACCAAUCCACAGCCGUCUCAUUCGCCCUCAUCAACGCGGGUGGCAUCCGCUCCACCAUUGACGCUGGUCCCAUCACUAGAGGAGAAAUCCUCACAGCGUUCCCCUUUGGAAACGCCAUUGUAGAGAUCUCCAUUUCCGGAGACGAAUUAUGGAAUACGAUGGAGGGGGCAUUUAGCAAGGUCAACUUUUAUAACGGGCGACCUGUUACUAGUGCCGUGCAAGUCAGUAAAGGGAUCAAAAUUUCCUGGACGAAUAGCGGAAAUGGGACGACGACUGGAAGGUUGGUGAGUGUUGAAAUUGGGGGUGAGGCUUUGGAUCGGGAGAGGAUGUAUGACGUUGUCACGUUAGACUUCCUGGCUGGUGGUAAGGGUCCCUUUCAUAUUUUGUGCUUGUAAUUCGACUUGUACGGACUUGGAAGCAAGACUAAUGGGAAUGAAUAGGUGGCGAUAAUAUCUUUCAAAUUAAAACCGAUGUCGUGGUCCUCGAUACUCAGGAUGAAGUCCUAACGCGGUAUGUGGCUAGCCAAUCGCCUGUUAACAUUGAGAUUGAAGGUAGAAUUGUAAACUUGGGUAUUAAUGGGACUGAAUUCCCCACCAGGAGGAGCGAGGGGAAGGUUGGUAGGAGUCUGAGGGACAGGGUCAGGAGAGGAGGUCUCUACUAGCUUUAGCUAUUAAAUGUUAACAUGAGUCAUCGAGUCCAAUUAGAA